CGAGAGAAGGCACGAAUAGUUUUUACAAUGUUUUUAGAGAGAGAGAAAAUUUGUAAAUCCAUUUUAGAGAGAGAAAGUUGGGAAACCAACGAGCACGAAGACGAACGCACCUGAACAUUUGUAUAAAACUCUCUCUCUGAAACACACAGACACGCACAAACACAUGCAUAUAUAAUUAUAGUUUAAAACCUAUACAUCUAUUUAUCUCCCUCUAUUGUACUAAUUGGAGAAAAGGGUGAAUGCUUGGAUGAGUGUACAAUUUCUAGGGCAAAACAUUCGUGCUUGAUUUGAGCUUUGAAGCCCUAGAAUAUGGAGCUCUGCUCAAUUUCACACAAGCCCUAUAAUUAAUCCAAGGCAUUUUAUUUGAAUUUUGGAGAUAUGGAUCCUGCAAUGCUGGUCAUGUGAUUUGUUCGCGCAUUUUGUUUGAAUUACUGUGAACCCAUGUUAGCUUCUGCGAUGAAGUUUGCUUUAAGUCCUGAAUUAAUGGAGUGGAUCAUCUGCUGUUAGCAAAGUAGGAAUGCAUGGAUUUAGUUCUGCAUCUGCUCUCUUAGUCAAUGCCGAGGUUGAUUCUAUGGGAGGAGUUGUUGAAAGCAGAGUUGGUGUUGGUAACAAAACUUCUCGGCGAUGCGUAGUAAUUGAGAAGGUUCAAGCUGAGCUUAGGCAGGAGUAUGAUGUUCGAGAGGAAAGGAGGAGAGAAUUGGAAUUUCUUGAAAAAGGUGGAAAUCCCUUGGAUUUUAAGAUUGGGAAUGCUGCUUCAGUUAGUGUCCAGUCAACUUCAUUAACAGAUCACAAUCCUGAUCAGUUUGUUACCAGUGAAGCAAAAGGUAGUUUUGCAAUUACUGCAUCACCUCAUGGAGACUCUGUGGAAAGUAGUGGUAGACCUGGGGCACCUCUGUCCUGUGAACCUAUUAGUGCUGAUAAUCUCAUGUUAUUUUAUGGUGAAAAUGAGUUUUCUGAAGGUGAUCGGAACUCCUUACAUCCUCAUAGGACUAGCAUUGCUCCAUCAGGGCACUCACUCCGAUUAGAUGGCAGUCAGAAUCCGAAUGAACUUGGGGAUUCAGCUACUUUUGGUGUCCCGAGAAAAGCCUAUAAGAGGCGGUACAGCUCCAAACCAAGUCGUAAUGGAGCUAGGUCAGGUUCAAAUGAUGUAUUUCUAGCUCAUGGAGGUCAUGGCUCUUUACCUUUGCGCCAUGGUCCCAGGGAUGUAAAAGUGACAAUCUCUUGUGCUGAAAAUCAAGAGGACCUAGAUAUAUCAUUGAAAUGCAAUUCAAAGCCUACAAGUCCUAAAGGUGGUGCACUUAUCCAUAAGACUUCUGUCUCAGAAGGUCAGCAGGGUAUGGUGUUGGAUGGUGCAAGGGCUGUAGAAUCAAGUGAGGACCUGAUUAAAAGUGGUUCACCAAAUGUUAAUAGUUCCAAGUUUCUUCUAGAUGGUCAGCUUGGUCAACAGUCAUUAUCUGUUGCUGACGAAGCUCCUAAUGAAAUGGCUAUUGAUGGACUUGUCACAUUUGAGGCAAGGGAAGAGGCUAUUUCAACAGGUAUUGAAUACCAACCAACUUUGGCUGCUGUGGAAGUUGAGAAACAAUCUAAUAACUGUCCAGUGAAUGGCGCAAAAAAUGAUAAUCAAUAUAAAAGUUCAGCAUGUGGCACAAAGGGUUUGCAUUCUGAGUCAUCUUGCAUCCAUCCUAGCCAAAUUAUAGAUGGAAAUAAUGAUAGUGAAAUGCAUACCAAUGCUGAAGAUAAUGACUCAAAUGGCAAUAACAGAUAUCAAACCAUUGUGCCUGAUGGGUCGCCAUCUAUAGAAGGUGAUGAAUUGGUUAAACAAAAUAAAGAAACCAAUGCUGAUGACCUGUGUACUUCUGUUAAUGAGGAAUGCAGUCAAAGCCAUCAAGAGAAUGGUCUUGCGCUAAAAGCCGAUGAAGAAUUAAAUGGAUGUGCAUCUGCUUUGCAAAAUGAGGCAAAAGACCAAGUUAUCAUUCAUGGAAUGGAAGCAGGCGUUCCCUCUGGACCAGAAUCCGAGAGGCAACCUAAUGUCUCUAUGUGUGACAGUUUGUGCAAUGUUAAGCGUAUGGUUUCUCUUGAGUCCUCAAAUUCAGAACUUUCUGAGGGUGCAGUGUUGGCUAGGGUUUUUACUGUUACCCCGGAGGGGCAAACUUCUUCUGGUCCUGAUCUGAAGUUGACAAGCAAAGCUGCUGAGAACUCAAUCUUGGAAGAGGCACAGGUCAUAGAGGCAAAGCGGAAGAGGAUUUUGGAGUUAUCCACUGCUACUAUUCCAUUAGAGAAGUGUCGGAAAUCUCAAUGGGCUUAUGUGCUUGAGGAAAUGGCAUGGUUAGCAAAUGAUUUUGCACAGGAGCGUCUUUGGAAGCAAACUGUUGCUGCUCAAAUAUGUCAUCGAGUUGCUUUUACUUCUCAGUUAAAGAAACAAGAAGAAAGUUUAUGCAUGAAGGUAAAGCAAGUUGCUCAUUCCUUGGCAAAAGCUGUCAUGAAGUUCUGGCAUUCAGUAGAGGUAUAAAAUUGGAUACUUCCUUUGUUUUUUUUGUUGGUUGUUUUGAUGCAGUUUAUUGAUGUGAGAUGGCAUUUUUCAUCUAUCAUCGUGCACAAGUAUCUCAUUCAGUUAUGGGCUGCAGUUGUGGUUCAAGCUUUAUUUCACUUUUCCUCAUUGUUGUAAAGAGUAAAUAAAAUUCUAAUUAAGUCACAAUUUUCUUUGAAUAUCUCAAUUGUAUUCCUUCUUUAAACUUUUGGCUGCUUAGUAUAAGUUGAAGACCCGCCGAAAGGAUAUGUUGGUUAAUGAAUUAUACAAGGAAACAAACAUGAUUUGAUGGAAUAAUUUAUGUAUUUAUGUAACUCUAUGCAUGUAAUGAACUCUUAGUAGGUCAUACGAGUUUGUAGUUGGAUGAUAUCUUACCACUCAUUGUUUUUACAAGCUCCAUAAAAUUAACCAGAACGUGUCUCUGGUUUUGCCCCUCGUGCAAGGCGAGGGGACAAUAAAAAUGUACAUGUAAAAGGACUGACCUAUUUCAGAUGUUUAUAUAUUUUUUAAAGCAUCAUUCUAAAAAAACUUCAGUACGUGUGUUUGAAUAUGAAGCUGCUCUUGUUUCUCACCAAAUGCAGUUGGGAAUGUGGGAGUUCAUCGACUUGUUUCUCAUCAAAUUUUUUGCUUGUAUUCAUAUACCUUUUGUUUUUGUCUGGUUGCGCCUCCUGAAUUUUGUGGCUGUGUUCUGCU